UUAAGUAAAACAUAGUAAGUAGAACGUGCGUGUAGGAAUCACAUAUGCAUGUGUACUAUAUUCUUUCAUUCUAGUAAAUAAUAUAUUUGAGACGUGUGUAUAGUGUAUUUCAAGGAAAAAUUCAGAGCAUCAUUAAAAAUUGAACAUUCUAAUCAGCAGGAUGUUUAAUUUAGUAACAUUGUUUAUAAGACUGUAAUAUUUUUAGUAAAAUUGGCUCAUUUAAUUAGAUAUAAGGGUCAACAUGCCUUCUAGUAAACAGUUCCUUCUUAUGUACAUAAUUUUUAAAUUCUUGUUACUAAAUGUAACGCAUUGUAAUGACGAAAACCAAAAGGAGGAUAGUGAUUCGUGUGAAGUGCUCAUGCAAGAAGGCAUUAAUUCCUACUUGGAAAAUAAUUUUAAAGGAUGUAUAGAGAAAUUAGAGAAAGCAGUUGAGAAAUACAAUAUUCUUUCAAAACAGCUUCAGAACUGUAGAUUAGAAUGUGCCAAAGAAGUUGAAGACUCAAUUCCUUUGUAUUCCUUGGACGUUAACAACUUACGAUUUUUUGAAAAAGCAGUUCGAAAUACACUAUGUAUAAUGAAAUGUAAAAAUGAACAUCCAGAUUUAAUAGAGUUCAAUAACAUUCCUGUGGAAAUUGAAAGGAAGUUUCAUAAUAAAACUCCUUAUGAAUAUUUGCAUUUAUGUUAUUUUCAAAACAAAAACUACCAAAAGGCAGCUUCAGCUGCUUUCACAUAUUUAGUGACUAAUCCAAAUGAUAACACAACCAGAAUAAGUUUAAAACAUUAUUUGACCCUUCCAGAUGUUGUCCAGAAUGACAUUGUCAACUAUGAAGCAAAAGACUAUGUUGCUUUUUAUGCCCUUGGUGUUGAUGUGUAUAACAAAAAAGAUUGGGUAGCAGCAAUUGCUUAUAUGGAGGAAUCUCUAUCAUCUUAUAUACAGUCAGAGGAAGAAUGCAGAGCCCAAUGUGAAGGGCCAUUUGGUCACAAUGGAUGGUAUCCUGAUUUUAUGCCAGCUAUUGCAAACCAUUUCACAUUUGUUUUAAAGUGCAAAAGAGAAUGUAAAAACACCCUGAACUCUUUAAAUGGGGAGAAACAAGAUGACUUUUUACCAAGUCACUAUGACUAUUUACAAUAUUCAUAUUUUAAAGAGAAAAACUAUCAAGCAACUUGUGCAGCUGUUGCAAGUUAUUUACUCUUCUUUCCUGAUGAUCAAGUAAUGCGUUCAAAUAUGAAUUAUUAUCUUCAGUUACCUGAAGUUGAGGACUAUUUUUUUACACCAAGACCUGAAGCGGUCUCUUAUAUACAAAGACAAAUUUAUGAAGAGAAAUUAAUGAAUUUUAUAAAUAAGGAAUUCAAAAAGCUUAAAUAAUUACAAAGAAAUUUUAAUGCCAUAAAAUGUACUGCCAUAAUGUUUAUCUAAAUAGAUUACUAAUUAUUAAUAAAUGUAAAAAUAUUUUAUUGAUA